AGUGUUGUGUCAAAGAACUACCAACACCUUUUGGCCUUGGUGUUUGCUGUCAAGGAGAUAAAUGAGAAUCCCAAGAUUUUGCCUAAUAUCACAUUGGGAUUCCACAUCUAUGACAGUUACUUCAAUCGGAGGAUGACUUACCAGGCCACUCUGGGCCUUCCUUCCACACACAUACCCAACUACAAGUGUGGCAUCCAGAAAAAUCUGAUGGCAGUGAUUGGAGGGCUUGACUUUGAUACCUCCGUCGACAUGGCAACCAUCUUGGACAUCUACAAGAUUCCCCAGCUCACUUAUGGCUCCUUUGCUCCAGAGGAUCCUGGUCAAAGCCAAUCCACUUCCUUCUACUGGAUGGUGCCAAAUGAAGCCCACCAGUGCACUGGGAUUAUUGAGUUACUUCUCCACUUUGGUUGGACAUGGGUUGGGUUGCUUGCUGGAGAUAAUGAGAGUGGAGAAAGAUUUGUGCAGACCCUGCAACAUCUGUUUUCCCAGAAAGGCAUUUGCUUGGCCUUCUCAGAGAGAACUCAGAAAACUAGACAUUUUGACGAUUAUUUUAACAUGCACCACCACUGGAUCCGACUCUAUCAAGUGAUUAUGGAAAGUAAAGCCAAGGUCGUCAUUGUCUAUGGAGAAACAAAGUCCAUGCUUGACUUUCGAACCAUGGUAGCACUAGGUGAAAUGGAAGAUGUGAAAAAGACACCGGAAGGUAAAGUGUGGAUUCUGACAGCACAGCUGGAUUUCACAGCAUUGAACUUCCAACUAAUGUGGGACAUGGAAGUCUUCCACGGUUCUCUCUCCUUUGCUGUUCAUUCAAAUGAGGUACAAGGAUUCAAAAGCUUUCUUCAGCUCCAGAAUCCUUUUGAGGCAAAUGGAAAUGGCUUUCUCAGGGAGUUCUGGGAAGAGGUAUUUUUCUGUUUAUUUCCAGGUUUUAAUACAAGGGAGAAGGCCAGUGAAGCCUGCACUGGAGAGGAGAAGCUGGAAGAUCUCCCUUCAUCUGGUUUUGAGAUGAGCAUGACUGGCCACAGCUACAGUCUCUAUAAUGCUGUCUAUGCCAUAGCACAUGCUCUACAUGCCAUGUUCUUGUCUAGGACCAAAUACAGGGGAGUGAUGGAAGGAGGGGUGCAGGAGCUUCAGAAGCUGCAGUCUUGGCAGCUUCACCCCUUCCUAAAGAGGGUCUCAUUUAACAACAGUGCUGGAGAAACAGUUUCUUUUGGCGAGAACAGGGAAGUUGAAGCUGGAUUUGAUAUUACCAGCAUGAUUACUUUUCCAAAUAACUCCUUCGUGAGACUCAAGGUUGGAAGGGUGGAUCUGGAGGCUGCCCCAGGUCAGGAAUUUUCCAUUGAUGGCGACAAAAUAGUGUGGCACAGAAACUUUCCCCAGGUUCCACCUUUAUCUGUAUGUAACCCCAGUUGUCCUCCAGGAUCCCACAAGAAAAAGAAGGAAGGGGGAAAAUUCUGCUGCUAUGACUGUGCUCCAUGUCCCCAAGACAAGAUAUCACCCCAGAAGGACAUGAAUGACUGUGUCAAGUGCCCAGAUGAUUGUUAUCCAAACAAGGACCAAUCACAAUGCAUUCCAAAGAAAAUAAGCUUCUUGUCUCUUAAAGAGCCUCUGGGGAUGAGCUUGGCAGUUUUUGUUCUUUUCUUGUCUCUGCUAACAAUAUUGGUCACAGCUAUUUUUAUUAAGCACCAGGACACACCCAUUGUCAGAGCAAACAAUCGGGACCUCACCUACAGUCUCCUCACUUUCCUCCUGCUCUGCUUCCUCUGCCCAUUGAUUUUCCUCAGCCCUCCAGAAAGAGUGAGCUGCCUGCUCCGACAAAUGGCUUUUGGUCUUGUUUUUACAGUGGUCAUUUCUUGUGUGCUGGCCAAGACCAUUACGGUAGUCCUUGCCUUUGUGGCCACCAAACCAGGAUCCAGAAUGAAGAAAUGGGUGGGGAAAAGGCUGGCAAGCUCCAUUGUGUUUUCUUGUUCCCUUAUUCAGGUUGGUAUUUGCAGUAUGUGGUUAGGAGCUUCUCCACCAUUCCCAGAUACUGACAUGCACUCUGUGAUGGGAGAAACAAUACUAGAAUGUAACGAAGGGUCAGUUGUCAUGUUUUACUGUGUCCUGGGCUACAUGAGCUUUCUGGCCAUUGUCAGCUUUGUUGUGGCCUUUUUUGCCAGGAAACUGCCUGACAGCUUUAAUGAGGCCAAAUUCAUCACCUUCAGCAUGUUGCUCUUUUGUAGUGUUUGGAUCUCCUUUGUUCCGGUCUACCUGAGCACCAAGGGGAAAUACAUGGUGGCUGUGGAGAUCUUCUCCAUCUUGGCCUCCGGUGCUGGUUUACUGGGUUCCAUCUUUGGCCCCAAAUGCUACAUUAUUUUGUUGAGGCCCAAUUUGAACAACAAAAAGCAGUUAAUAAAGAGGAAACUGUAAUAUAUUCUAGUGUGUCUGUCUUUUCUUUCAUACCUUACUAUAGUUAAUAUAGUAUUUAUUUCUCUGCUGUCUGUUAUCAUUUAGUUAUUUUGUAUUAUUUGGUGGUAAUUGUUUUGUGUCCUUUGUGUUGUUGUUGUU